AUGUUGAUGUUGUUUACUUCAUGUCUUCAUCUUCUUCUUCUUCUUGUGCUUCCUUGCAAUGAAGUUGCCUCACAAGACAACACUCUUGUUUUCUCUUCAUUCAUUCUUCAAACCAAACUCUCUUAAUCUUAUCAUUAUUCCUUCAACACUUCAACUCUCACUGCAUCAUCGUCUCUCUUCUUCUUCAUCAUGGUUAUCCGUUCCCGGAAACCCAGUCAUGAACUGGCCCACACUACCAAAUCCCCAACCCGACCCGCCCAAUCCGAAGCCCGACGCCGACGCCACUGACUUCUCCGUCAUUGCCAAUCUCUUCGCCGAUCCUUCCAUAUCUCCCGGCCCGGUCCUCCACGCCGAACUCGACCGCUCCGGAAUCCAACCGGAUUCGCUCCUCCUUCGCGCCGUUUUCGACCGUUUCGGCUCUUCCCCCAAACUGCUCCACUCGCUCUUCCUCUGGGCACAGGACCGACCCGGGUUUAAGCCCGACCCGGCGCUCUUCGACUCCGUGGUAAACGUUCUCGCAAAGUGUAGGGACUUUGACUCCGCUUGGACCCUUGUUCUUGAUCGCAUCCGCCGUCAAGAGAAAGAAGAAGAAGCAGAAAGCUUGGUUUCCAUUCGUACCUUUGCUACCAUGAUUCGACGCUAUGCCCGCGCAGGUAUGUCCAAACCUGCAAUAAGAACAUUUGAGUUUGCUAGAAGUAAAAAGUCAAUUCUGGAUUCUGCCUCAGAAAUGAGUUUAUUUGAGAUCCUGAUAGAUUCACUUUGUAAAGAAGGGUCUGUGAGGGAAGCUUCAGAGUAUUUCCUUAAGAGAAAGGAGAUGGACCUGGGUUGGGUCCCUUCGGUUCGGGUUUAUAACAUAAUGUUAAAUGGAUGGUUUCGAGCGAGGAAGCUCAAGCAGGGUGAGAGACUUUGGGCGGAGAUGAAGAAGGAGAAUGUGAGACCAACUGUUGUGACAUAUGGUACACUUGUGGAAGGAUAUUGCCGGAUGCGCCGUGUUGAGAAGGCGCUUGAAAUGGUUGGUGAGAUGACCAAAGAAGGAAUUGAACCAAAUGCAAUUGUGUAUAACCCAAUAAUUGACGCAUUAGCAGAGGCUGGGAGAUUCAAAGAGGCUCUAAGUAUGAUGGAGCGUUUUCACGUUUUAGAAAUAGGCCCUACUGAUUCAACAUACAAUUCUCUGGUGAAGGGGUAUUGUAAAGCAGCAGAUCUUGUGGGUGCCAGUAAAAUUCUGAAAAUGAUGAUAAGUAGGGGUUCCAUUCCAAGUCCCACCACCUACAAUUACUUUUUUAGGUACUUUUCAAGAUGUGGGAAAAUUGAGGAGGGAAUGAACCUCUAUACCAAGAUGAUUGAAUCUGGUCAUAACCCGGACCGGCUAACUUACCAUCUUUUGAUGAAAAUGUUAUGUGAAGAAGAGAAGUUAGAUUUGACAGUUCAAAUGAGCAAGGAAAUGAGGCUUAAAGGUUAUGAUAUGGACUUGGCUACAAGUACCAUGUUAAUUCAUUUGCUAUGCAAAAUGCAUAAGUUGGAAGAGGCUUUUGCAGAAUUUGAAGAUAUGAUACGAAGGGGUAUAGUUCCUCAGUAUCUCACAUUCCAGAGGCUGAAUACUGAGUUAAAAAGACAAGGCAUGACUGAAAUGGCUAAAAAACUUUGCAAAUUAAUGUCUUCUGUUCCCCAUUCAACCAACUUGCCAAAUACUUAUGGUGAAGAGAGAAAUGAGGCACAUGCAAGAAGAAAAUCUAUAAUUGAGAAAGCCAAAGCAUUUUCUGAUAUGCUGAAGAAUUGUGAGGAUCCUAGUGAACUUGGCAAGUGUAGAAGUUCAUCAGAAAAUGCUGUGGCAAGCGCAAACUGUUUGAUAGAGGAUGAUAUUAAGAAAAAGACAAGUUCAAGAUGAACAUCUGUCAUGUUGGUACUUGGUAUCAGCCGGGAUCAAUUAAGCUAUUUGCAGGCAGGCAUCACAGCACUAGUAAGUUCCUUCUGAGCUCGGAGGGGCAUGAUCCGCCGUGUCUUCCGCCUGAAGAGCCUGAAAUGUAGGUGGCAGUGGAGGGCCGGUGUUGGUGCUAGGGGGAGGCUGUAGAGUUGCAGGAAGAAAUAAUGAACGGUAAGUCGGUAUUCUAAUGUUUACACCUAGCCUGUUUUCCAAGAUAUUGAAUAACGGCUGUAACAGAAAACAGUAUUAAUGAUUCUCUUGUUAUGUUUGGAAAAA